GGUCAUUGGAUCUCAAUACAGAAGUUUGUGAGCCACCAUGUGGUUGCUGGGAAUUGAACCUCUGGAAGAACAGUCGGUGCUUUUAACUGCUGGGCUAUCUAUCUUUCUGCCUUGAGAGUUUCUUCUAAACAGACCAACGAACCCUCAUUACCAGGAAAGACAACAUGAUGAGACUUACUCUGAAAGCUGGUGUUUUUCAUGAUUACUUUCUAAUGUUUAUGUAAGAUAGAAGAAAAGGAUGUCAUUCCGUAAAGUAAACAUCAUCAUCUGGGUCCUGGCGGUUGUUCUCUUCUUACUUGUUUUGCACCAUAACUUCCUCAGCUUGAGCAGUUUGUUAAGGAAUGAAGUGUCAGAUUCAGGAAUUGUGGGGCUUCAGCCCAUAGACUUUGUCUCAAAUGUUCAUCAACAUCCAGUAAAUGAGAGACAAGAGGAAAUACCCGUGGUUAUUGCUGCCUCUGAAGACAGGCUGGGUGGCACCAUUGCAGCCAUAAAUAGCAUUCAUCAAAACACUCGCUCCAGUGUGAUUUUUUACAUUGUUGCGUUCAACAGUACAGCAGACCAUCUCCGGUCCUGGCUUAACAGUGGUUCCCUGAAAAGCAUCAGGUACAAAAUUGUAAAUUUUGACAUUAAACUUUUGGAAGGGAAAGUAAAGGAGGAUCCUGACCAGGGGGAGUCCAUGAAACCAUUAACGUUUGCAAGGUUCUACUUGCCAAUUCUGGUUCCCAGUGCAAAGAAAGCCAUAUACAUGGAUGAUGAUGUAAUUGUACAAGGUGAUAUACUUGCCUUGUACAAUACACCACUAAAGCCAGGACAUGCUGCUGCAUUUUCAGAGGAUUGUGACUCAGCCUCUACUAAAGUUAUCAUCCGUGGAGCAGGGAACCAGUACAAUUACAUUGGCUAUCUUGACUAUAAAAAGGAAAGAAUUCGUAAGCUUUCCAUGAAAGCCAGCACCUGCUCCUUUAAUCCUGGAGUUUUUGUUGCAAACUUGACCGAAUGGAAAAGACAGAAUAUAACUAACCAGCUGGAAAAAUGGAUGAAACUCAAUGUAGAAGAGGGAUUGUACAGCAGAACACUGGCUGGCAGCAUCACCACACCUCCUCUGCUUAUUGUAUUUUAUCAGCAACAUUCCACCAUUGACCCUAUGUGGAAUGUCCGCCAUCUUGGUUCCAGUGCUGGAAAACGGUAUUCACCCCAGUUUGUAAAGGCUGCCAAGUUACUUCACUGGAAUGGUCACUUUAAGCCUUGGGGAAGAGCUGCUUCAUAUGCUGAUGUUUGGGAAAAAUGGUAUAUUCCAGACCCAACAGGAAAAUUCAGUUUAAUCCGAAGACAUAUGGAUACCUCAAACAUAAAGUGAACUACAAUUUAAGCUAAAUGCGUCACUCAGGAAACCCUGGAAGACACUAUGUGGGAAGAUAACAGUUGUAGGAGUUGCUCUGUACCACCCAGAAAAUGGUUCAGCUGGGUAGAGAUCACAGAUCUCCAGAUGACUACCAAUGUCUCCACCUGCCUUACCAAAUGUUUGCUUACUGUACUGCUUACUGACCUGAAGGACAGACUGAGACUAAGACUGCCAGCAUAACUGCAUCUAGCUGCUAUAGGUAGGAACUGCUGUUUUAGUUUUGUAACCUGUGGCCUGGUUUGUAAAUAAAAUCUACAUUUUCCAGUAGA